AUGUCUCGCCCCAAGAAAGAAUCACCGGGGAAGAAGCAGCUACCACAGCAAAGCUCGUGGUUCGCGCACUUUUCCGUCGACUUGUUCGCAAAGAUCCUCAAACGGAGCAUCUUCCAUCCAUUCAUCUGCUGGCUGCUCCCGCUCUGCCUGCGCGCGCGCACGGUGAAAUGGGAGUCCCCCCCGAUGGUGGGCGCCUUCGCCUGGGCCGUCUUCAUCUCAAUUGUCUGGCUGGCGGGGCUUGUGAACGACCGGAUCGCUCACGGCCCGCCCAGGGAGGUGGACCUCGGCGAGGAGGUCAUCGUCAUCACCGGUGGCGCGGGCGGGAUGGGGCUGCUGCUUGCUGAGGUCUACGGCAUGAGGGGCGCCUCGGUGGCAGUGUUGGACGUGGCGGAGAUGGAGGACGCCGACGAGAGGGGCGUCACGUUUUACAAGUGUGAUGUUGGCGAUAGCAAACAGCUCGCCAGGGUUGCCGCCCAGAUUGAAGAGGAUGGGGGUGGUGCGUGGCUACGGAAGAAGGCUGUGACUAACACGGAACGACAGCUCGGGACCCCUACAGUGCUCAUCAACAACGCGGCGGUUGUUGCCGGCAGGUCCCUUCUGAAUAUCUCCAUAGAGGAGAUAGACAAGAGCCUCAGGACCAACCUUGUGGCCCCAUUCUACUGCAUCAAGACGUUCCUCCCUGGCAUGAUCCGUGGGGGCCGGGGCGGGACUAUUGUCAACAUAUCAUCAGUCAUCGGGCACCUGGGAGCCGCUCGGCUGGCCGACUACGCAGCUUCCAAGGCGGGCAUCUCAGCUCUGCACAAGUCUUUGACAGCAGAGCUCCGGGAGACGCACCCGGAGAUACGUACGGUCCUCGUCACCCUGGGGCAGCUCAGCACGCCUUUGUUCUACGGAGUCGAGACCCCCAGCAGCUUCAUGGCGCCAGUCGUAGAGCCCGUGGACGUCGUCAAGGAGAUGGUGGACGCCAUCGACCGCGGAAGAGGCGCCACCAUUGCUUUGCCUCUCUAUGCGCGGUGGGUAGACUGGUAUAACGUCCUCCCUGCCGGCCUCCAGAUCAUUGCGAGGAAGAUAGCCGGGGUGGACCGAGGGAUGAGGACGUUCAGAGGGCGGGGUGCCAUCAGCGAUUCAGAGAUCAGCAUCAAGUAG